GAUUUCUUGUUUGCGAGAAGAUUGCGAGAAAGAUGGAGAAGGGUAGCAAGAGAAUGGCUGUUCUUGUGGGUUGCAAUUACCCCAACACCAAGAAUGAGCUGCACGGGUGCAUCAACGACGUCAAGGCUAUGAAAAAGGUCCUGGUGAAAAGGUUUGGGUUCAAUCAUGCUCAUAUUGAGCUCCUGACUGAUGCACCACGGUCCUCGGUUAUGCCUACUGGUGCCAACAUCAAGGCGGCUCUUGACCGGAUGGUGGAUAAGGCUGAAGCAGGGGAUGUCUUGUUUUUCCACUAUAGUGGCCAUGGAACCAGGAUUCCUCCCGUCAAAUCGGCCCAUCACUCCAGAAAAGAUGAAGCAAUUGUUCCCUGUGACUUCAAUCUCAUCACUGAUGUUGAUCUAAGACACUUGGUUAAUCGUGUUCCCAACGGCGCAAGUUUCACAAUCUUUUCAGAUUCCUGCCACAGUGGGGGUCUAAUUGACAAGGAAAAGGAGCAAAUUGGACCUUCUGUCUUUAAGAAAGAAAAAACAUCAUCUCACAAGCAUAAGACCAUUCCCUUUGAAUCUGUACUCCAGCACUUGACUUCACUCACAAGCAUCAACACCUCUGACAUCGGCACCCACCUGUUAGAAUCCUUUGGAGGUGAUGCCAGCCUCAAAUUCCGUCUUCCUCUGGACAAACUGGAUUUAAUGCACUCCAAGAAAGAUGAGGGCAUCCUGCUAAGCGGAUGCCAGGCAGAAGAAACGUCCGAGGACGUGAGUGACAGUGAGGGAGGAGGGAAGGCAUGUGGGGCGUUUAGCAAUGCGGUGCAGAAGGUGCUGAAGGAGAAUUCGGGUCCAUUGAGCAACAGGGAAGUUGUGAUGAUGGCCAGGAAGAUUUUACGGGCACAGGGGUUCGAGCAGCACCCUUGCUUGUACUGCAGUGAUGAGAAUGCUGAUGCUCCCUUCUUGUGGCAGCCUGAGUGCUAGCUUGUAUCUAAUUGUGCUUAAGUUGGGAUUCAUUGAUUGUUUCAUUGCCAAAUGAGUAUAGACGCGGUGGAAUAAGUGAAUAAAAUGGGUUGCAAGAG